AUGAGAGAAAGGGCAGGGUACAGCACGCUGUUUCGACAGCUUACCGUGUUGUUACGGCGGCUACGAACGGGCAGGGUGCAGGCCGAGCCCGAGCAGCUCCAGCAGAUCGCAUCGCUGCAGGAGCGGGCCGCUCACCUGGCGGACAGGACGCUGCCUGAACUGGAGCGCCAGGACAAGGACUACUACACAAAGCUAUCCCCGAUCGUGCAGCCAGGGUUCUGGGAGAGUGACGUCACCGGCAGGACCACAGACUCCGCCCUCCUGUCCCCGCCCUCCAUACCACGUGACCACCCCUUCAGCGAGGACGACAGCGACAGGUGUCUGUCAGAGUUGCUGGGGACAGGGCAAAAUGGCGACCAGAAGUGCCAAAUCUCCGAUGCAUGUUGGGAAAUGAUGACGUCACCGAGCUACACCGGCUACUGGUUGACGCAUGAGCUGUUCUACUUAGAGGUACUUUGA